AAGCUGUGACUAGAAUGGCAGAGAGAGCCGCACUCAAAGCUGUUCCUAAAAUGGCAGGUUCUACCAUCUCUCAACCAGUUGAAGAGGUCAUAUUUCGACUUCCGGUUUGCUCCAUGGUCUGUAACUAAAGGUUUCAAGCAUCACAUUGAUGAACCUGGCUUUGCUAAUCGUCACCUCAAGCAUGCAUUAGAUGAUAAUUUCAACUUGAAGGAUUCCUUGAAGUGCUCCUCUAACCUCUUCGUUAUUGUCGGCAAGCAAUCUGAGUCCGGUACCUCAUUCUAUACCUUCUCUGUAGCUUCAAUCAGUUCUGAAUCACCUUUCCCCAAACAUGUCAAAAAUCCCAUUAAAUCUCCUGGUCUUGUCACCAUUGUCAUUGGUUCUUGCCAUGGCCUGUUGCUCUUAUCGAAUAACACAUGUACAAACACUAUCCCCUACGACUUUUCACCAUUCACCAAUCCUAAUAGCGAUGUUAGUUUGUGGAAUCCUUCGAUAGGGUAUCACAAACUUAUAACCCUAAAUGAAGGUGUGAAUUGGUCUUGUUUGGGCAUCGGAUAUGACAUCUUGCAUCAAGAUUACAAGAUUGUACGUAUUGGAGAAACUGGAGACUAUCGUCAAGUUAACACACGUGAAGGUCGAAUGGAGAUAGUUAGUUUAAAGGAAAGUCGAAUUGAGAUACUUAGUUUGAAGGAAAACAAUUGGAGAGUAAUUGGAAGUUUUCUUCAUGCCCCCAGGGGUAGAGGUGUAUAUUUAAAUGGAAAACUCCAUUGGACUGCCUCUCACACGCCUCGAACUUGUCAAAAUCCGCCACACUUCGCAAUUAGACCCCCAGUCGUUGUGGUAGUUGACCUUGGAACGGAGAACAUACAGUUUCUACAGGCUCCCCCCUCUACUGAACUCCCGUCCAAAGUGUUUCUGAAAGUUUUGGGAGGCAAUCUCUGUGCUAUUGUGUUUCAUCCUGAGGGAAAAAUUACUGAGACGUGGGUGAUGAAGGAAUAUGGAGUUGAGGCCUCUUGGGAAAAGCGUAUGACACUCAAAGCUACUCAUGAUGCUUUGUAUGGAUGCAAAACCCCACUGAUGGUGCCACUAGCAUAUUCUGAAAACAAAGAUGACAUUCUGGUGGACGAUUGCGGCGAGAGGUUUAUCUGGUCUAUUAAAACAGAGGGUCAAUUAAGGCGCGAUGCAAGGAUCAUUAAAACUCCAGAUGAAACAGAAAACGUCUUUCCAAUUACUGGCUGUGAGGUUUAUAUGGGAAGCUUGGUAACCCCAAGAAGAGAGGAAGGACUUGCUUUUGAAGGUGUUCAAAUUGAAGCAGCUGAAGAUUUGACCCACUAGGGGGUGCUCUUGAGUUUAAGAAGGGAGGAAGAAUGGAGAAGCCCUUUGGUUUUGUCUCUGGGUCUGCUUUAUGCAUAUAUACAUGUAUGGUUGAUGCAGCAUCUGACUUUUUUCUUUUGUUUGCGAAACACAUGGUGGUUUAACUGUUCUUGAAAGUGCUAUUUUGUUAUCUGGUCCAAGUAUGUGCAAACAACCAGAUGACGUGUGGUACUAUAACUACCAACUUGUAAGUUGCAUUGAAUUUUCACCCACGUAUUCAGGUCUUUUUGCUGCUGCAAACUUCUGGCCAACAUAUAUGCAAUAUUUUGCCUGCUGGUAUUAGUGUUAAUAUUUCAUAAUUCCUUAGAGAAUUUCUUU